UGAGAAAGCAGCGCAGACAAAGUGAAAAGUCAACAGGAAAAUGUGGCGCCUUCAGCUGUUUCUGAUUUUAUCCACCGGCUUCCUCGUACCGUUCGAGGCAAAGCCAGCGACGACCUCGACAUCGGCUCCAACAACUCCGUCGGCAGCGGCUAGGAGAGCUGGGAAUAUUGGACGACUGGCGGCCAAGGAUCUGGCUGAUCUGCUUAUGGCCAGCAUGCAGGCGCGUGGCAUCAAGCUAUCCGACUCCCAACAAACGACGGUCAAGUCCCUGCGAGACAUGGAAGCAACGGAGCUGCAGGGCGGCGCUAUACUACUGCAGCUGGGCAUGGAUGUGAUCAUUGAUGUGCUGAUUGGGAGCAGUGCGAAUGGCAGCUGUGAUCGCGUCAUCAAAGACAUCAAGAGCUCAAGGGAUAAAAAUAGCCUGACGUUAAGUCUGAAAUCCUUCCUGGCCCUGUGCACCUUCAAUAGCAUCGAGUGCUCGCAGAAGCAGGUCGUGCAGAUCAUCAAGAGCACAACAUCCGUUAAAGCUUCCGACUUACCUAUGCUGGGCAGUCGCAGCACACGCACAGCCCUCACGCUGACGAACAAAACGGACAACAUUAAGGGCGAUCGCGAGUCAAUUGUCAGCUUCCUACAAGCCAGAAGCGUAUACGAACUGAGUGCCAUAUUGAGCACGCUGCUGCAAGUGUGCGGCGCAUCCAGUGUCGAGACGCAGCGGAUUGUUCAGAAUCUGAUUGAAAUGGGUCCCAAGGACGACAGCAAGAAGUCGGGCGUCAAUCUACUGCAGAUCAAUGGAUUCAGCACGCUAAUUAUUUCCCUAACUGAUAGCUUAACGUCUAUUGCGAAUGGCAACAAGAGCGGCUUCUGUGCGGCUACGACAGACAGUUGGAUUGUUCGCCUGCUGGAUAUGGGCGUGGCAAAGGUCAUAAUCAUGGGUCUAAUGACGGCGCUCGAUCGCUCGCUGCCAACAGCCUCCAACUCGCUGAUACAGCAAUCGGCCAACUUGGUGGAUCCCAAUGCAGGACUUGGCAAGCACUCGCCCACCUCGAAACGUGCCACUGGCUCUCUUCCUAUUGUUGGUGGCCUUUUGGGAUCUGUUGCCAACCAAGGCGGCAACUCGAUUACAACUGGUGCCAAGAACAUUGUCACCGGAAACAACAAUUUCUUCGGACAACUUGUCGAUGCCAAUAUUCCCGCGGCUGUAGAUGCUAACAUCUUGACCAAUACCGUUGGUACUGUGACCGGCUCGAAUGCUGGCAGCGCAGCCAGCCCAGUCAGCUCUCUACUCUCCUCAGGACGUUCGUUGACUGGAAAUAUUGCCAAUCGAGGAGGCAACACGAUUUCAACUGGGCCCAAAAAUGUUGUCAACGGAAACAACAAUUUCUUCGGACAACUUGUCGACGCGGAUGUGCCAUUGGCUGUGGGUGCUAACGUCUUGACCAAUACACUAGGUACAGUUGGUGGCUCCAGUACCGGAGGCAGUCCAGUUUCAUCCGUACUUUCUGCGCCUCAGAAUAUUGCCAACCUGGGUGGCAACACGAUCACUUCUGGUCCCAAAAAUGUCGUUAGUGGAAACAACAAUUUCUUUGGCCAACUGGUGGAUCUCGAUGUCCCAGCCGCGGUGGAUGCCAAUGUGCUGACCAACAAGGUUGGAACGGUGACAGGUAACCAAGUCCUUAGCGGCGGCAGUGCUGCCACAUCGUCACGUUCAUCCUCUCUUCAGAGAUCUGAAAAUAUUGCCAACAAAGGCGGUAAUACCAUCACAAAGGGUCCCAAGAAUGUGGUUAGAGGCGACGGCAACACUUUCAUCACUGGAGUCGAUGGUGAUGUGGCUGCUGGAGUUGGUGUUAAUCUGCUCAACUCAGUUGUGGGCACAGUCACUGGCGGUUCUGGCGGUGCUGGUGGUUCCAGUGGCGGCCUCGUUGGAGGCCUCUUGGGUGGUGGUUCCUCAAGCGCCCAGAACAUUGCAAACAAAGGUGGCAACACCAUCACAACGGGCGCUAAGAAUGUGGUUACUGGAAGCGGCAAUACUUUCAUAAAGGGAGUGGAUCUUGACUUGGUUGCUGGCAUCGGCGCCAAUGUGCUCAACACUGUUGUGGGAACUGUAACUGGCGGCAAUGUUCCUCGUGACGACAUUGUUCAGGUGGUCGAUCAACAAGGCAAUCUACUCAUGAACAUCUGGGACAAGGAUGGUGUGACUGCAACUGGUAGCGGAGGCGCCAGCAGUAUAGGCAAUGACUUCUCCAACACCGUCAACAAGGGACCCAAGCAAAUUGUUAUGGCUAACGAUACGACGAUCUUGAAGCUGGUGAACUUGGAUGUCUCGGCAUUGGCUAAGAUUGAUCUGCUCAACUCGAUCAGGGGCAGCAGCGGUGCCUGCAAUGGCAUUGGCAAUAAGUUCGACAAUGAGUUGAACAGUGGACCGGAGAAUAUCGUAGAGGGCAAUCGGAAUACGUUUGUCACCUUGCUGAAUCUCAACUUGGAUGCUUUGGUCAAUCUGCAAGCACUGAACAGCGUUAUUGGUAGCGUGGGCAAUGACUGUCCUGUGACGCCGACUCCGGAGCCACCCACACCUGAGCCACCAACUCCAGAGCCACCAACUCCAGAGCCACCAACUCCAGAGCCACCAACUCCGGAGCCUCCUACACCUUAUCCCCCAACACCUUCCCCACCCACACCUUUCCCACCUACACCCGAACCUCCCACCCCAAGUCCACCCACCCCUAGUCCACCUACCCCCAACCCCAGCAACUGUUAUCGUCGCUACUGUCGCAGAUGGCGCUAUCGCCCCAGUUACUUGUGCUACAAAAACUGCGGCGGCUCAUACGUCUACAAGCCCUAAGGCAGCCCAAAGGAUUCACUUCGGGGCUUACGUGAGCUGUUUCUGAAAUGGGCUAAGCUGCCAUUACGCCAGCUAGCCAUGCACCGUCCUACCUAUAUCGCAUAGCAUGCACCUAUUUAUUUAUUUUGCCUACUUUCUAAGUGAACUUGUUUAAUGUGUUUGAUGUAUUAAAAGA